CCGUCAUUGGACCUUGGUGGAGUGGUUUGACUUACCGUCUGGCGAUCCAAUAGCAAGCCUUCAGGUGAUCCUUGGGGAGUCUGCGGAAGGCGAUUUCAUUACUGUAUACUUACUACAUAUGCUAAAAUUAGAUUCUUGCAAAAGCGAAAAGUGCAGUUGUUAAUAAGAUGGAGAAUGAAAAUGAUGUGAAUCAUGGAGAUGAUGUGAAUGACAUAGAAAACGAAGGUCCAGUGGAUAGGAAGGACAAUGGGAGGUACUGGUCAGAGUUUUCUGAAAGAAACAUGACAUAUACAGAGCCACUUCUGGUGAAGAGGAUCAACACCACCUCGCAGAUCGCCAUAGUUGGUGCCAACCUUAGCCCCAUUGAAAGCCUUGAUUAUGAGAUAUUUGAGAAUGAAAUAUUUAAACAGGACUGGAGAUCAAGGAGCAAGAUUCAGAUAUUCCAGUAUGUGAUACUUAAGUGGGCAUUUGCUGCUCUUAUUGGAUUAGGCACUGGUCUACUUGCCUUCCUCAAUAAUAUUGCCGUUGAGAAUAUUGCUGGUUUCAAGCUGCUUCUGGCGUCCAACCUCAUGUCCCAGCACAGAUACAUUCUAGCAUUUGUGGCAUUAGCUGGUUGCAAUAUAGGUUUAGCAGCGGCGGCUGGAUCUCUUUGUGCUUUCAUUGCUCCAGCUGCAGCAGGCUCUGGUAUUCCUGAGGUGAAAGCCUAUCUCAAUGGUAUUGAUGCUCAUAAUAUACUGGCUCCAACCACUCUUUUUGUGAAGGUUUUUGGUGCCAUCCUUGGAGUUUCUGCUGGAUUUGCGGUGGGCAAAGAGGGGCCUAUGGUACACACAGGUGCAUGCAUUGCUUCCUUGUUAGGGCAGGGUGGAUCGCGCAAGUAUCGCUUGACUUGGAUGGGGCUAAGAUAUUUCAAAAAUGAUCGAGACCGGCGAGACAUGAUUACUUGUGGCGCUGCAGCUGGUGUUGCUGCUGCAUUUCGUGCUCCAGUAGGUGGUGUUCUCUUUGCCCUUGAAGAGGCCGCUUCCUGGUGGCGGAGUGCUCUCCUUUGGAGGACAUUUUUCACUACCGCAGUAGUUGCUAUUGUUUUGAGAGCCGGAAUUCAGUUCUGUGCCACUGGGAAAUGUGGGCUCUUUGGUGAAGGUGGUUUGAUAAUGUACGAUGUCAGUGCAGCCAAAGUAUCAUACAAUGGUGCUGACAUACUAGCAGUAUUACUCUUAGGAACCCUCGGAGGCAUUCUCGGAAGCAUAUAUAAUUACUUUGUGGAUAAGGUUGUUCGGACAUAUAGCAUCCUGAACGAAAAAGGUCCAGGUUUCAAAAUUCUCAUUGUUGUCGCAAUUGCUUUUUUGACCUCAUGCUGUGCUUACGGCUUACCAUGGUUGGCAACGUGCAUCCCUUGUCCUGAUGAUCCGACAGUAAGCUGUCCCACUGUUGAUGAGUCUGGCAACUACAAGAACUUUCAAUGUCCACCAGGAUAUUACAAUGAUCUCGCUUCUCUUUUUCUAAAUACAAAUGAUGAUGCUAUUCGCAACCUAUUCAGCACGAGGACAUUCCAGGAAUUCCACAUCUCCAGUCUCUUUAUCUUCUUUGUAACUAUUUACUUUCUUGGGGUAGUCACAUAUGGUAUUGCUAUUCCAUCCGGCCUUUUCAUUCCUGUGAUAUUGGCGGGUGCUGCAUAUGGCCGGCUGGUAGGGAGACUAUUUGAAUCGAUCUCAAAACUUGAUACUGGAUUAUACGCCCUCCUUGGAGCUGCCUCCUUCCUUGGUGGCACCAUGAGAAUGACAGUAUCCCUUUGUGUUAUAUUGCUAGAACUCACCAAUGAUCUCUUGUUACUUCCUCUUGUGAUGUUGGUCUUGUUAAUCUCAAAAACUGUGGCUGAUGGCUUCAACAAGGGUGUCUACGAUCAAAUACUGAAGAUCAAAGGACUUCCAUAUAUGGAGGCCCAUGCAGAACCUUAUAUGAGGAAUUUAGUUGCACGAGAUGUUGUCUCUGGCCCAUUAGUCACUUUCUCGGGCAUUGAAAGAGUAGGGAAUAUACUACAUGCUCUGAAAACCACAGGUCAUAAUGGGUUUCCUGUCAUCGAUGAACCGCCAUUCUCAGAUGCACCAGAGUUGUGUGGGCUUGUUCUUAGGUCUCAUCUGCUAGUCCUAUUGAAGGGGAAGACCUUCUCAAAAGAGAGGGUGCUUGCAAGUCGAAACAUCUUACAAAGAAUUUCUGCAUUAGAUUUUGCAAAGGCAGGAUCGGGGAAAGGAAUCAAACUAGAGGAUCUAGAUAUUGAAGAGGAAGAGAUGGAUAUGUAUGUUGAUCUUCACCCAAUUUCGAAUGCAUCCCCAUACACAGUGGUUGAGACCAUGUCACUUGCUAAAGCCGCUAUUCUUUUCCGUCAACUUGGUCUUAGGCACAUGUGUGUGGUCCCCAAGAGUCAAGGGAGACCUCCCGUUGUUGGGAUUCUGACACGCCAUGACUUCAUGGAGGAGCAUGUCCAUGGACUUUACCCCAAUAUGAAACCUCACAGGUGGACUGAGUGAUCCAAGUGAGCAGAAAAAAACCUUUUUGGCGUUUGUUGAAAAGCUCCAUUAAUUAUCAAAGAACCCUGAAAGUGAUGAGGAUGCUUAUCAUCAAUGGGGUUACUGCUUGGGUUUGAUGCUGUAUUUAGCAGCUUUGUCAUUAUAGUAUCGGUUAUCAAUUUUGGUUUCAUGGAAUCAAUUACAGAACAAAAAUCAAACACAAUCAUUGUUGUAUAUUGGGUGGUUUGAAUAAUUUUGUGGUUAGCUCAUGCAGAGCUAUUUGUUGUAUUGCUAAUGAGGCGGUUGGGUUUCCCAGGUGAUAUGUUUCUUUCCUUUUGUUGGCCUUUAUGAAAAGCUAAUCACAGGUCCAGUGUAAAA